AUGCAUCUUGUUGAUCUCUGUUUGCCAAAGCCUCUGAUAAAAGAGAGCACAAGGCCAGUUGAUCUGGUGCUGCACAGUGACAUUAGGGCAGCUGAACGUGCUGAGUUUGAUCAUCAGGUGGCAGAAAAAAUGAGCCUUAUUGAACAAUACAAGAUUGAAAGAGAGAGAAUGCAGAAGAUGGCUGAGGAAGAAGAAAUUAGGAGGCUGAGAAAGGAACUUGUUCCAAAAGCUCAACCGAUGCCCUACUUUGACAGGCCUUUCGUUCCUAGAAGGUCAACAAAAGAUCCUACCGUUCCAAGAGAGCCUAAGUUCCAUAUACCUCAACAUAAGAAGAUUAAGUGCUGCAUGUCUUGGAAUGAUAUGUACAUACACAACAACAGUGAAUGGGGGAUUCAGCAAUGACAAGUGAGGCAACAAUGACUAAUGAGGCAGACCUGCAUUUGGGUUUGCAUCACCUACUCAUAUUCUUUUAUUCAAC